UAAGCCUAUAAUGCUUGCGCCUUCAGGACACCGGCUCUUCCGUUCAACGCUUCGAUAAGCAGAGGAGAGAGAAACCGAAGAGAGAGAGAGAGAGAGAGAGUCGAGGAGAGAGAAGGGAUUUGAUCUGGACAAGGUACGAAUUCGAACCUCUCUCUACUCACUGGUGACUACUGUAAGUGUGUAAACCCUAGAGUUCAUUUUAUAGACCCAAGAAAAACCCUAAUUCGAUUCCGAGAAAUUAGGGCUUCAAUUGAUGAAAACAGGAGAAAUUUUUACUAUGUACAUGCAUAGUGUAUACUAAUUUCUUUGAAACAGAUCGAAUUUUGGGUCUCGGAGUUACAUGUAUGGCUUCGGGGCCCAUAGCAGAUGGAAAUGAAGGAGGUGAGGGUUCUAAAGAGAAGCAGAGAUGGGCAGAUAGCAAAGUCUAUACAAGAAAAUCAUUCAAAGGUUUGAAGAACAACGUAACACAUUCACAAACUGAAGCCCUAGCUUCCGAAGAUGCUAAUUCGUCUCAACAACACCUUCUCAGCCGCUUCGAUGCUAUGUCAGACGAUUCUUCGAUUCUGAACCGUCCACAGGUACCUCGUAGCUCUCGUGAACUACCUUCAGGCAACGGAGGGGGGAAGCUAGGGUUUCCAAGGCAAGAGAAUCGCAUUACGAUCAAUUUGUCGUCAAGGUCGAAGCAGGAAAUGCGGGAGCUUCGGAGGAAGCUCGAGAGUGAACUGGAUAUGGUUAGGAAUUGGGUGAAGAAAAUUGAGGCAAAAGAUGGGCAGACAAAUGGUGGUGGGGCGAAGCGGCUUCAUUUGGAGGUGGCAUCGGUGAGUACUCCUCGCCAAUCGAAGCCUUUAAACCAGCUGAGUAUAUCAGUGUUGGAGAACAGCCAGGGUGUGAGUGAUAAUGUGGACAAAGAGAAGAGGACGCCGAAAGCGAAUCAGUUUUAUAGAAAAUCUGAGUUUCUUCUUGGGAAGGAUAAGUUUCCACCUGCUGAGAGCAACAAGAAGUCAAAAUCGAGCGGAAAGAAGCAUGGAGGGGGUGAAAUGGGACAUGGGUUUGGGUUGGGAAAGUUCUCGAAUCAAGUUUUUAAGAGUUGUAGUACUUUGCUUGAGAAAUUGAUGAAGCACAAGCAUGGUUGGGUGUUCAAUAACCCUGUUGAUGCAAAGGCUCUUGGUUUGCAUGACUACUUCAACAUCAUUAAGCAUCCAAUGGAUUUGGGAACUGUGAAGUCUAGGUUGAAUAAGAAUUGGUACAAGUCUCCCAGAGAAUUUGCAGAGGAUGUGAGACUUACAUUUCGGAAUGCUAUGACUUAUAAUCCGAAAGGGCAGGAUGUACAUGUAAUGGCUGAGCAGCUAUCAAAUUUAUUUGACGACAAAUGGGCUGUUAUAGAGGCUGAUUAUAUGCGGGAGUUGAGGCUUGCAGUAGAUUAUGAAGCAAGUUUACCUACCCCUACAUCAAGAAAGCAUCCUCGGCAGCCACUGUCACCUCAGGGAAUGAGAAGGAUCUUGGAUAGGUCAGAAUCGAUGACUCAUUCCUUUGAUCCCAAAGCAAAACCCACGACUUCUUCUCAUUUAGGUAGGACCCCUGUCCCAAAGAAGCCCAAGGCCAAAGAUCCAGAUAAAAGGGACAUGACAUAUGAGGAAAAGCAGAAACUUAGCACAAACCUGCAGAGUUUACCUUCUGAAAAGCUGGAUAACAUUGUCCAGAUCAUUAAGAAGAGGAAUACGUCGCUUUGCCAGCAUGAUGAUGAGAUUGAAGUGGAUAUUGAUAGCGUUGAUAUAGAAACUCUCUGGGAGCUCGAUAGGUUUGUAACCAACUAUAAGAAGAGUUUGAGCAAGAAUAAGAGAAAGGCUGAACUUGCAGUUCAAGAAAGAGCAGAAACUGAGCCGAAUGUCCAGAAAAAGAACCCAGCCCCAGCUGUAGUGGAGGUGCCAACCGAAACGAAAACAGAUGAGAAGCAUGCUACCUCUUCAUCUCCUCUUCAAGAAAAUCAUGGUGAUAAGGCGAGUAAAUCAAGUAGUUCAAGCAGCUCUAGCAGCGAUUCUGGUUCCUCUUCAAGCGAUUCUGAUAGUGGAAGUUCUUCUGGAUAUGGAUCUGAUGCAGGACACUCACCUAGAACUUGAAUACACUGAGUUCAGAUCACAUAUGUCGAGUACAUUGGCAAUCUUUGGUUGGUUAUCAGAAGUUUUUGAGAACAUGAUUUUCAAUCUGUGGUUGGUUGUAUAGUGGAAUCUUUUUUAAUGCCUCUCAUUGUCUUUGUGCAAAUUGGUAAUUGGUCUUCGCUGUUAUUUGAACGUGUACAUCUAUUUCCACAGGUGUCUUUUGUGGACUUGUACAAUAGUGGUAGAUGUAGUCAAGUAGAUUGUUGUAGUAAAUUUGGUAUGUGACACUUGCACAUUUCUAACAAUUGCCACUCACCCUAAAAUUGUGUAACUUCUUUUGGUGUUUGUACUGGCAGAUCAGGUGUAUCUUUGAUGUUAUUCAAACUAUUCUGUAAUUGUAGUGAUGAAGUCUCAGUUGCAUCGCUGGGCCCAUCUGUUAGUUUGCGCACAUUUUUGUA